GUUACUCACGAGCCAGGUAUGAGGUAGAAGUGUGUGUGUGUGUGUGUGUGUGUGUGUGUGUGUGUGUGUGUGUGUGUGUGUGUGUGGAGUCCCUCACGGACCAGAAUCAGAAACUGCAGGUCAGUUUGAAACCGGGUCCGAACCCAGAACCAUGUCGCUGGAAGGUACGUUCACUGCCCUCCUUCUCCUCCUGGUCAGUGGAGGCUCUGCUGUGAUUGUUCCUUCUCCAACAAACCUGAAAGUGCGCUGCCAGAAUCUCAGAGUCACCGUCAGCUGGAAAUACAGCGAGCUGCAACCACAAACCGUCUUUAGCAUGAAUAUCAGCGGUUCCUACGGGAAGGAGUUUAGGAUCACAGACCAUCAAUAUGAUCUGAGCGACUUCAUCUGGGAAUCUGAGGCGCACUACAUGGGCUCAUAUUACGUCACUGUAACCGCCAUACAGGGAGGAACCCGGUCUCAACCAGUGACAUCUGAAACAUUCGCCUUUAACUCUGUAAAGACGACCUCUAUACAAUGUGAAUUAUAUUUUCCUCCUGUGGCUCUGAUUAAAAAGGAUUCAGGGGCCGUGAUUAGUUUCAGGAACCCCUUCCACUUCUACAGAGAACUGAACCUGGCCAAAAAGAAGGAUUCUGCCUCCUUUCACUUCAGUGUCGUAGUGUCUAAUGAGGAAUUUGACAGUGAAUGCAACUUGUAUCAGGAAAACUGCACACACGACAUCUCGUCUCCUGAGGAUGUGAAGUGCGUUGUGCUGAACGGAUUGUUGUUUGAUAGUAUUAAUGUCGGCCAAGUGAAGUUCAUACCACAGAAGAAAGAAAUCUGUAUUACUCAAUCUACCGAUGUUUACAUGGUAACACUUGUGAUCCUUCUGUCUGUCGUUGUCGUCGUACUCGUUGUGGUUACCAUUAUCAUCUGUAAGGCGAAGGCCAGGACAAACCUUCUGGAGGAGGAGCAGGAUCAGGAAGAACAACAGGAGGAGAAGGAGGAGGAACAUAGACCCUAUUUCAGAGACUUCGACAGACUACACUUCGACAGACUACACUUUGGAGACGUGGGCAAUGGAGACGUGGGCGAUGGAGACGUGGGCGAUGGAGACGUGGGCGAUGGAGACGUGGGCGAUGGAGACGUGGGCGAUGGAGACAUGGGCGAGGAUUACAUUCCGAGGACUCAAUUUAGGAUUUAAGUUUCGUUUAAUGGUGAUUUUUAACUCCAAGACCACAAUCACACGUUCGUACCUCUGGGCUGAAUAAAGCCUAAACCCUUUUUUGAAUUAACCAAUAAGAAAACUCACAUUUAUUCCCCCUUUUUAAACAGAUUUUAAAGAAGAUGCAGUAGUGAAUGUGACCUUCCAGUCACCUUCCAGCUGUUUUCUGCCUGCUUACAGACGUUAUCGUGCUGGAUCCCCGACCUACAGCCAGUCUCAGCAACUGUGGCAUUUUAUCAGAUGCAGAUUAUUGUUUGAGAACAGCUACUUCAAAACAAAACAGGGAGGGAAGAACAAAUUACAAAUUGUAUAAGCUUUUUAUUUUUGUCUUUGAGUAUUGGCUGAACCUGUGGGUGACACGUGUAUUCAUGAAGGAAAGUGCUUGGUGUUUAGAGUUUUACUUUUUUUAAAAGGGACGGUGUCGUAAACGGGCAUCUUCUCACUUGGUUUUAUUUACCCACAUUUGGAGAUGUCUGCCAACAUUUUUGACAAUAAAUUAAUUGGUUUUGAGUCAAAUUUCAGCUUCUCAGAUGUGAAUAUUUUCUAGUUUCUUUAGCCCUCUAUGACAGCAAACUAAAUGUGUUUGGGUUACAAGACAUUUAAGGACAUCACAUUGGAAUUUGGGAAACAUCAACCAACAUUUUUAAUCAGUUUCUGACAUUUUAAGGACCAAACACAUAUAACAAAAUAAUUAUCUACAGAACACGCUGUCAGCAGUCUCUAUAGGGACUAUUUCUUUGGUAGAAAACUGAUCUGUGGAUUGUCCAAAGCAAACAUAGAAACUACAUUAACACAAACACACAACACAAACAUUAAACUCUAUUGUUGUAGUAUAUCUCAAAAUCUGGACAGAUAAAACUAAAUGACGAAGAACCACUGAGGUAAAAUAUACGUGUGAGCUUUCAGACUCUUCUUUGUUUGGUUAUCACCUCUCACACAGUCUGGACUUCCCACUCCUGACAGAACACGUUUUAUAAAUACCUUUGAAUCUCUUGUAGAAAGUGUCACACCUACUCAGUGCAGUUCAUCAGAGAGUGUAUCUUCCCCAACGCUACUGUUGGGCAACCGGUGACCUGACAAACUGGCUCUGUGGGCAACGCGUGGGAGUGUUUGAAUUGCGUACACUUCAGGGUUUGGUCAUGUUUUUAAAGCUGUAAAUUAGUUUAAGCUUGUGUUGUAUAAGACUGGCUUUUAUGCAGCUGAUUACCACUGACUAUGGAACUCUUUUAUCUUUUGAUGUUUUACAUUUCAUUGUCUUUAAAAAAUGUGUAUUUAUUGUUGUUUGUUGUUUUUUUAAGUGUUGUUUCCGCUUUGCUAUGUGAAGCACUCGUAUGAAAUGGAUGUUUGUAUGAAAGGUGCUGUAUAAAUAAAGUUGAGUUGAGAA